UUUGGUGUUUUUUUUUUCGGCCUAGUGUUCGUAAUAAAAUCAACUAACUGCUCUGUAAUCAUGGCUCGUUUUCUUAAUUUAUACAUUUUUACAUUUCUUCAUUUGCAGUACUAUCAUUUUUACUCGUGUAGUUGUGAUUUUGUGGUUUGAAUUUCGGUCAUGGCUUCUGAGCAGGUUGCCAUUGCUUACCGUUGCUGAAUUGUGUUUCUAAACGCUCAACGCUCGUAUCCGUCCGUUGGAUUUUAUGGAUAAGAAACCCACACACAAGCUUACGAAUACGUUGGAAUGCUGAUAACAAUAUCGACUAAUUCGUAGAGAACAUCGUUCUAUCACCGAUUCUGUCACUUAUUAGAGUACUUACACCAUACUAUACACGUAGAGAAACAGAGUACAUUGGUACGAUCCACCGCUGAUAAGCUGCCUUUGUGUAACACUUUCGAUCGCAGUGUUUGAUUGUAUCGUGAUAGUUUAUUAAAUACGUAUCGAACGAUUCGAUACGAAGAAGAGAUCGAAGAUUAAUGUGAUCGAAAUAAUGGGUAAUGAAAGUUCAUUGCCGAUGGAAUUGUGUUCAAACUUCGAUGCCGAAGAAAUAAGAAGGUUAGGUAAACGAUUUAAAAAGUUAGAUUUGGACAAUUCAGGUUCAAUUAGCACAGAAGAAUUUAUGAUACUGCCAGAAUUACAGCAAAAUCCGCUCGUUCAACGUGUUAUAGAUAUAUUCGACGAAGACAGAAACGGUGAAGUCGAUUUUAAAGAAUUCAUUCAAGGUGUUUCACAGUUUAGCGUCAAAGGCGAUAAAGAAUCAAAAUUAAGAUUUGCAUUUAGAAUUUACGACAUGGAUAAUGACGGGUAUAUUUCGAACGGUGAAUUAUUCCAAGUACUUAAAAUGAUGGUAGGAAGUAAUUUAAAGGAUACGCAAUUACAACAAAUAGUGGAUAAAACUAUAUUGUUCGCUGACAAAGACGAAGACGGCAAAAUUAGUUUCGAAGAAUUUUGUUCGAUUGUAGGCAAUACCGAUAUACAUAAAAAGAUGGUCGUCGAUGUGUGAAAUCAGCGGAGCUCAACAGAGGUUACCCCAACGUUCGAAUGCGAUGAAUUCGACGACAACGUUCGAGAUUUUUAAUUUCUUUUUUUUUUCUUUUUUUUGUUCUUUUGGUUUUUCGUUUUUAAAGAAAAAGAAUUUUUUCAAGUUUUCUACGCACUAGCUGGAUCUCCGAAAAAUGCUCUUUCCGUCUUGUAUGUAACGUAUACCUACAAUAUCUUUUCUCUUAUAUUUUCAUUUAUUUUGAAAAUUUUUUUUUUCUCAUAUACAAUAAUAUGAUACUUUUGGUAAAAAUCAUACAAACCUACUUGUGUGAGUCGUCGACAGCGAGAUCGCAACGCUCGUCCGUGUGGCGCUGGCCGACUACCGAGAGUCAUAAUAAUAUAAACAUAAAUUCGGCAUUUUACCAACCUAUUCUCCCCCCCCCCCCUCCUUGAGUCAGCGAGUAUUUAUCUACUUUGUGAAUGGAAGCAUGCGCUUUUGAGCCUGUUUCACAGUUUGUUUUUUUUUCGGCCGAGUAUAAUUUUUUAAAUUAUUCGAAGCCUUCUUAUACUACUAUCUCUACUAUGGAAUGUAUUUGUCUAACGACGCGUGUAUAUAUACAAAGCUCCAUGAUGGUAAUUUUUCUCUUUCUCUUUUAUCUUUCUCCUAUUCUCCUCCUGGAAUUCGCAGCUCAAAGGAAUUAUACUAUUACUAUUGUAUACUUUUGUACUGCGAUAUUAUUAGGAUGUAAUUUUUUUUCUCGUUCGAGUUCAGUAUACACCUUUUUUUUUUUUUUUUUCUAAUUUACACGUCCGCGUUCAUUGUCGUUGUUGUUGUUGAUUUUUUGCGACCAUCGAGUCUUCGCGUUACCCUCGUGACGCGUCGUCCUUUCGUCGCGUCUCGACAAAAUACUACAUGCGAACAAGUUGUAACGUGCGGUGAAACGAAAAACAUAAUUUUUUUUAUUCUUAAUAUUUUAAAUAAUUUGUAAGUUUGUUUUUGUUUUUGUUUUUUUUUUUUUUUUCGUUUUUAUUUCAUUUUUUGUGAUUUUUCUUCCAUUUUGCAAAGUAAAUAACUCUAAAAAAAAAAAAAGUUGCGCGCUUACAAAAACGUUGCAAAGCUCAAAAUGCGUCUAGGACCCGAAAGCCUGUGAUCGAUAAGGCUGCUCAAAAUACUUAUAAAUGUGCCCUUAUAUCCUCGCAAAAUUCGCUCGGCCAAAUUAUCUACGAGUAGGCCAGUCAACGAGAGAUCUCGACUCGACGAUAUUUAUCUUACAGCAACCAAAAUGUACUGGAAAAUUUCAUUUACAGUGUGUUUGAAACGCGCGGCCGUCUAUAAAGAUAUGUCUUUCCGUGUAAAGAUACCUACUUGGUUGGUUCUUAAAGCAAUGUGACCACGUGUAACGAUGCAGCAACGUUUACUUAGGGUUUAGAUACCGUUUAACGCUCCGUUUGUUAUCGAAUGGUUUGCUGAAAAUUGUUACCAUAUGUGUAACUUUUACAGUUACAGCGCGAGAACGCCCGUAAAUAGGUUGCCCUUUUGCGGCUGUUGAAAGAUUUGCUUGAAUUCGGUACCGUACCGUACCGCGCGUACCUUAACGUUAUUUUGCUGCGGUGAAAAGUACAUACAUAAGUGUAGCGUUGUGGAGAGAGAAAGGUAGUGGGUGAGGGGAAAAGGGAAGGGGGGACAAAGUCAGGGGCGAGCAGAAGCAGAAGGUUACGUGUUUUGUGUGGUGUGCUCUCGAAAAAGUAGGUAAUACAAAAUGGGAUAGGUUUUUGGGGGAAAUUUUCAUCCAGAGCGUUGAAUUACACAAAGGUUAUUCCAAAUUUAGCUAUGAAAUUUUAGCUGAACAGUGAAAAUCUCUAUGUACCUACCUAUGAUCGUUUGUGGAUGAUUUGAUUUUUAGAUGAUGAAAUUCCUUUUGUUUUUUGCGCCAAAAAAUAAUAUGAUUUCGCUGAGAAUUUGCUCACAUGCUAUACAUAUAUUUUAAAAAACACACGAUUGUUGUUUUCAAUUACUUACUGGCAAUUUCUCAUAAAUUACUAUCAAUUUUUUGUAAAUUACUGGUCAUGUUCUGUAAAUUACCGGUAACUUUGUGUAAAUUACUGGUAAUUUUCUGUAAAUUACCGGUAACUUGAGGUAAAUUACUGGUAAUUUUCUGUAAAUUACCGGUAACUUUGUGUAAAUUACUGGUGAUUUUCUGUAAACCAAUGGUAAUUUACCAUAAAUUACAGGUAAUAUUCGGCAAAUUACUGGCAAUUUACUAUAAAGUACUGGCAAUUUUUUGUAAAUACAUAACUGGUAAUUUCUUGUAAAUUACUAGUAAUUUUUGUACCUGGUAAUUUCUUGUAAAUUACUGGUAAUUUUUUGAAAUUAAGGGUAUUCUCUACAGAGCGCAUUCUGUAACGUUUUUUGAUGAAAAAUUGCCAACUUUGGUCGAGGAUUGUGCCAAAACUACUGAAUGGAUUUUUCUGCGGUUUCAUUCAUUUUACUCAAAAAACAUUCAAAAGCGAGGGUAUGUCGAGAUAUUUUGGAUUUAGGACAUUUAAUGGCUAUAACAGGGAAUUGAAUGGAGGUACUUUAUAUGCUCACAUCUCUGCUGUAAAACCAAAAUUAGAAAAUAUGGCUACAUACCCUCUCUUUUGUAGAUAGAAUAUCAGUAUUGGUGGAAAAUAAUUGUGAGAAUUUUGAAAAUUCAUGGAGAAAUCCCUGCCUAAUGUUUAGAUGGCAGUGGGUCGCGGGACAUAAGAACAACUGAAUUUGUUCACUCGAUUACACGCAGUCUUACAAAUGAAGGAUGAAAAUAACGAACAAAUCGGCUUCAUAUGUACAUAUUUCGAACGUUUGUCAAAUUAGAACGCUCUCUGUAGAGUAUACCCUUAACUACAGUAAAAGCUUGUUAUAACGAUUUUGGUUAUAACGCUGAUUUUGUUAUAAAUUAUAACACUGAUUUCCCCUGGUCCCUAGACAACCCCAUUUAAACCAAUGUAAAAAUAGUUUUAACGCUCUAAAAUUCACAAAAAAACACUUUUUUCAUAAUUUUGACAUCAAAAAACCAAUUUUUGCAACUAAGAAACUUAUUUUCAUGUAAAAAAUUCUCACUUUAUGAAAAUUUUGACCUCAACAUCAGUUUUUUUUUUGCAAUUUUUGCAGUUUGAUUUUUAAAAAGUAAAAAAUACUUUUAUGGCAAAAUUUUGCCAAAAAAUAUGUUUUCAACUUUCAGAGGUUUCAGUUCAUACAAACAAGUAAAAUUAUUUUCAAUUUUGGCCAAAAAAAAAGUAAGAUUUUUUGAUAAUCUUAUUCUUACCAAACAUUAAUAGAAGCUUGGUUACAAUUCUUACAAAAAAGGCGGGUUAGUAUCUAAAGUUUUUAUGAAAGAGUACAGUUCUAGAUUUUUCGUCGAAAUCUUGAGAAGAAAACUAAAAAGUAAAAAUUUUUCAAAAUUCUGGUAAGCAGCUGAUUACUUUUUGGAAAAUUUGGAACAAAAAAGCAAGGCUUUCUAAACAUUUUGACCACAGAAAACAGUUUUGUUGUUGAAAUUCAAAAUGAAGUUCACGUUUCCACUUCUUUUAUUAUGCUCUUUUUGCAUUAGAACGAUAAUUUGUGGUAUUACGCUCAUCGGCGUUAAAAUGAGACUUUUGCUUAUAACGUGUUUUGGCUUAUAACACUCUUUUUUUCCAGUCCCCUGAAAAGCGUUACAACGAGCUUUUACUGUAGUAAUUUCUCUUACUGGUAAUUUUCCUGUAAAUCAUUGGUAAUUUUCCCAUUAACUUUUGGUCAUUUUCCCUAUAAAUUACUGGUCAUUUUCCCAUAAAUUUUUGGUAAUUUUCCCUAUAAAUUACUGGUCAUUUUUUUGUAAAUUACUGGUAACUGUCCCUGUAAAUUACUGGUCAUUCAACUGUAAAUUACUGAUAAUUUUCCUGUAAAUUACUGGUAAUUUUCCCGUAAAUUACUUACUGGUAAUUUUACUGUAAAUUACUGAUAAUUUUCCCGUGAAUUACUGGUAAUUUUCCCGUAAAUUACUGGUAAUUUUACUGUAAAUUACUGAUAAUUUUCCCGUGAAUUACUGGUAAUUUUCCCGUAAAUUACUGGUAAUUUUACCGUAAAUUACUGGUAAUUUUACCGUAAAUUACUGGUAAUUUUACCGUAAAUUACUGGUAAUUUUCCCGUAAAUUACUAGUAAUUUCCAGAAAAUUGCUUUUUUAGUUUUCCAGCCAGUUACCACAAUUACUGUCAAAUUCCCGCCAAUUACCCAUUGUAUUCCAUAAAUUCCCAGUAAUUUUCGGUGAGUUACUGGUAAUUUUUUGUAAUUUAUUGGUAAUUUCCGCACAAAUUAUUGGAGUUUAUAGUAAAUUUUGAGAGAAUAAAUCUCAAUUCCAAAACUAGGGGAGUAUGCUUUUCCACCAUUUUCUUGCAAAAGCAGUUUUUUUGUAACUCGAAAACAAUGACAUUUACAAAAAUUUCACUGGAGUCCUUUUUUGUGAAAAAUGAGAAAAUACGAUCAAUUUUGCGAAAAUCUUGAGAUCUUAUGCAGCAGAACCUAAGAUUUUGAAAAAAUAAAACAAAAGUAUGGAAAUUUUUUGUGUUCUGAUUUUUUUGGAUUUCUGAAGUUCUACUGCAUAAAAUUUCAAGAUUUUUGCAAAAUUCGUCAUAUUUUUCUAUUUUUUUACCAAAAAGGACUCUUGUAAUAUUUUUGUAAAUGUCGUACCUAGUUUCUGAGUUAUGAAAAAUUCACUUUUUGGCAAGAAGAUGGCGGACCAGCAUACCCUCUACCGAAGUCCACCAAAACUGGUAAAAAUUGCUCAUAAUUAUCAUGUUCAAAAGAAAAAUUGAUUUAUUUAAAAAAUCGUAUCAAAUAACAAAACCAAAACUGAAAUUUUCUUCAAACCUGUAACCGAAACCAAAGCAGUAAUAAAAAAAAACGGCUCAAAUAAUUAUUGAUAUAUUUCAAAAAUUCCGAAAAGGUGAAAACCAAAAAAAUUGAAAAACUUGAUGGAAGACGAAAAAUCUAAAUCGAAACUGAAACUGAAACCAAAACCAAAGCUGAUUCUUUCGACACCAAAACCUUCAUUACUUCUGGUGGCAAUUUUCUUGUACUUAUUAUGAAGUUUUGUUGGCUACAGAUAAAAAAGAUAUAUUUUUUCAAUUCAAAAAUUGAAUAAUCUCAUCUAAAAACCUCCACCAUUUUGAACCUGCGGUGAAGUUAUUCCAAAAAAUUCAUUUUAAAAAGAAAUAUCGACUCAUAUUGAGCCUCACUACGGACGAUUCUGUUAAUUAUCAGUGUUGCCAAUACCUUCAAAAUCUCUCGUAAUUUUACGUUCAUCGAAACUCGAAUAUUUUCUCCCCAAGAAUAACGCUAUAAACGCAAAAGGCAAUAAAAAUGAUUAUCCUAAUGGCUUCAACUUACAAAACGAAAGAAAAAAAAACAAAAAGGGAAAAAAAACAAUUGAACGGCGGAUCUUUUUCUAAAAUAUUUAAAUUCCCAGAGAAACUUUUCCUGCGCUUUUUUCUGUACUAAUUUUGUCUCCUCUAUAUACAUCUUCAGUAGUUUCUAUUUUCAAAUAAAUAAUACCGAGCUCGAUGCGAUUAGGAAAAAGGGCGUAAGUGCGUACAGAAGAAGAAUGGGAACAGGAUGGAGCCGGGUAAAAUACCAGUCAAACUUUAAACUUUCUUACUGUCACUGACGUAUCAAAACUAAAAUAAAAGAAAAGUGAAAUACACAAUGAUAGAUGAGUCGCAGAUUAUUCUGCGAAAAACUUUUAUCGAAAAACAAAAAAAAAAAAGGAAAAAAUAAAAUAAAAUAAUGAAAAAUAAUUGAAAGAAAAAUCGAAUUGUACAAUAAAAUUCAAGCCUUUGGUUUAUAUACUUUUCACUUGGCAAAAAAAUUCAUCGUUCGAGUUUUUAUCUGGAAAUUGUCGCUGCACGUACGUACGUACACUUCUGCGUCCUGGUCGCCUUUCUGUCUUUAGAGGGAGGGGGAAAAGUACGUGGAUUUGAAGCGUAUAAAGGAUUUAAAGGAUCAGACAUUUAAAAAAAGAGACAAUAGUUCCGGCGGAGGGAUUUCUCAUCGCUCGGUGGCUGGCUAAACAAGCGGUAUUAUUGGACCCUUUAGUAUUCCGACAACGAUCUGUUAUCAUUUAAAAAUAUACGAUAAGUUGCGACGCUCUGUGUGUGAGUGUGAGUGUGUGUGUGGAAUUGAAGAUAUAAAUUUUAUUCUUUUUUACACCGCUGGUCGUCUCCUACGCUCAUUGAUUCGAUAUUCGUUGGUCUCUAAAUGGCGAGUAUAAUAAGAAAAUUCGUAUUCGGGGUAGUCGCAAAGCGACAACAUUGGGAAAAUUUUUCGCGAAAUGGCGAUGAGUUUAUGAGAGAGCAUGCAACACAAAACACGUUCCAUCGAGAUAGUGAUAUUGUAGAAAGAUAAAGACGUACGCUAAGUAAUGAAUUUAGUCGAGAUGUUUUUCCUGUGUAGAUACGCUGCGGAUAUACUCGUAUGUAUUUAUACGUACGUAAAAAUAACGUUGGUAGGACAAUUCGAUGGUCAGAAUAUGCAGGGACAAGUUGCCCGUUAUAAUGGAAGAGGAAGUGAAAACGAGAGUUAGAGCUGGAAAAGAAACGACGACGAAGGCGCGAAAACUCUGUAAAGAGAAAUGAUGUUGAGAAAAUGUUUUGAAAAAUUACUUACAGCCAGGCUGCUGAGAGAAACUAGGGGCACGAAAAUCCGAAGGGGUACAGAAGGGUACGACAUCGAACAGCCGAUAAGUUUUGCACACGAAGAAAAACCAAUUGGUCUGUCAUCCAAAUAAGAAAAACUUUUCGAGUUUAUUUUUGUUAAGAGGGCUAUUGCCACCCCCCUGUACCGCGCCCAUUUCGGCGUCAUAAUUCGAUAUACCGAACCACGUUCACGUUCGUCAACGGGAGGAGAGAUGGCUGCGCUGCUUAGUUCAUAGUUGUUUUUAAAAAGAGAAUGCUAUACUGGAAGAAAGGCAGGGUAUAAGAUCUUAAUGCAGUACGUGGCCGAGUUUUAAUCCCCCGUUAUGUACAAUGCGCAACGCGGUCGCGAUUUUUCCUUCCAAUUUUGAUCUUAUCGUGGUUGUGGUUGCUACGCAAAAUUUUUUUUAAUGAGAAAACCCCUGGUCUGAUGCGCCGUUGGAGGCUACAAAUCCUUCUUCGCUGACUUGUUGAUUAUGUAUAUAAGUGAGAAUUUCACUGCUGUUCCGUUCCCCGAACCUUCGAAUGACCGAAAUAUCGAGGUUACUUUGUAAGCAGACUGGUAUACAGGGUGUCUGAGUGGAUGCUUUGUAUUCGAUAAUCCCCUUUUGUUGGGAAUUAGCGAACUUAUUCUACGUCUUUGGGAUGCAUUUGCCUAAUCUCGAAUUUGCGAUGGUGAAAUUCAUUUGAUUUUUUUUCUCCUUUUUUAAAUGUUUUCAUUAGUUUGUGGUUUUUUUUAAAAAGCUGGUUGCUCAAUUAGCAUACAAGGUGGGCAAAAUUUACUCAUGAUCUGUAAUCAAGUUCUAAUCGAGAUCAACAUAAUAUAUCAUUCGUGAAAAUUUUGUCCUCCUUUUUUUUUUUACCAAAUUAUGUAUAUGUAUUUGAAGUAUUACCUACUCCUUUAAAUUCCAGAAAAACAAUCUUGAGAACCUUGAUGUGCUUCAAAUUGCUGCAUAUUUUCUUUGCUCGAAUUAAGACCUUCAAUCUUCCCAUUUUGAUGCAAUGUGAUGCUAAUGCAAAACAAGGUGAUCACAAAACUCUGAAAACUCUCUGACUAGACUACAGUCCCAUUGACAAAACUGCUUUGAAAACCGAAUUUGGCUGAAAUUUUUGCUGCCCACAAAAUUCACUUUUUGUUGGGUAUAUUUUGAAAUCCCCCCCCCCUCACGAAUAAAAAUUAUUUUAAAAAUGGCUCGGGCUCGAAAAAAUUUGAUUUAAAAUUUCGGAGAACACUCAAAUAAUUUGAUGAAAUGAGCAUUUUUCAAAAAAAUUCUGAGUCCAAAACUGGGUUAUGAUUUUUGGGGUUUUUGAAAACGUGUCAUGGAAUCUAUCAAAAUGAGUUAAAAUUCCUAAAGCAAAUGAAAAAUUUCAUCAAAACUUUUUUUGAACACUUUAAAAGAAUCUUAUGCUCAAAAUUUGGUCAUAAUUUUUGAUGAGAUUCUUGAAAAAGUGUCAUGCAACCAAUCAAUAUGUGUACCAAUUUUACAAGAGAUCCACAAAAAAUGUUUUUGAAGAAUUUUGAGUGCAAAUCAGGGUCGUGAUUUUUGGGAUUUUUGAAAAAGUGCCAUGCAACCUAUUAAAAUGAGUCAAAAUUUCUACAGCAAAGAAAAAAUUCUCAUCAAAACUUUUUUUGAACACUUUUGAAAAAUCUUAUGCUCAAUAUUUGGUAAUGAUUGUUGACGAGAUUCGUGAAAAAGUGUCAGGAGAUCAAUCAUAAUGUGUACCAAUUUUACAAGAGAUCCAAAAAAACGGUUUUUGGGCAUUUUUGAAGAAUUUUGAGUCCAAAUUAGGGUCGUGAUUUUUGAAAAAGUUUUAUGCAACCUAUCAAAAUGAGUCAAAAUUUCUACAGCAAAUAAAAAAUUCUUAUCAAAACUUUUUUGAACACUUUUGAAGAAUCUUAUGCUCAAAAUUUGGUCAUAAUUUUUGACGAGAUUCUUGAAAAAGUGUCACGAGAUCAAUCAAAAUAUGUUCCAAUUUUACAAGAGACCAAAAAAUGUUUUUUUGAGAAUUUUUGAAAAAUUUUGAGUCCAAAAUUGGGUCACGAUUUUUGGGAUUUCUGAAACAGUGUCAUGCAACCUAUCAAAAUGGGUCAAAAUUUUGACAGAAAAUCAAAAAUUCUUAUUAAAACUUUUUCCGAACACUUAUAAAGAAUUUUAAGCUCAAAUUUUUGGUCAUGAUUUUUGAGAUUCUUGAAAAAGUGGACCAAUCAAAAUGGGUUCCAAUUUCGUAAGAGGUUCGAAUACUUUGACGGUGAUGUUUUUUGAGUAUUUUUGAAAAAUUUCAAGUUCAAAAUUGGGUCAUAAUUUUUAGGGUUGUUGGAAAAGUGUCACGCAACUUACCAAAAUGAGUCAAAAUUUCGGCAGAAAAUCAAAAAUGCAUAUCAAAAACUUUUUUUGAAAACUUUUGAAGAAUUUUAAGCUCCAAUUUUUGGUCAGGAAUUUUGAUAUUUUUGAAAAAGUGUCAUGAGACCAAUCAAAAUAGGUUUCAAUUUCGCAAGAAGUUCAAAUCCUGUGACGAUAAUGUUUUUUGAAAAUUUUUGAAAAAUUUUGGGUUAAAAAUCGGUUUAUAAUAAUUUUUGAAUUGUCACACAACUUGUCAAAAUGGGUCAAAAUGUUGACAGAAAAUUAAAAAUUCAUACCAAAACUUUUUUUGGACUUUUUUGAAGAAUUUUGAGCUCAAAUUUGUGGUCAUGAUUUUUGAGAUUUUUGAAAAAGUCUCAUGAGACCAAUCAAAAUGGGUUUCAAUUUCGCAAGAGGUUCAAAUACUUUGACGGUAACGUUUUUUUGAGUAUUUUUGAAAAAUUUUCAGUUCAAAAUUGGGUCAUAAUUUUUGGGAUUAUUGGAAAAGUGUCACGCAACUCAUCAAAAUGGGUCGAAAUUUCGACAUAGAAUCAAAAAUUCAUAUCAAAACUUUUUUUUGAAAACUUUUGAAGAAUUUCAAGCCUAAAUUUUUGGUCAUAAAUUUUGAUAUUUUUGAAAAAGUGUCAUGAGACCAAUCAAAAUAGGUUUCAAUUUCGUAAGAAGUUCGAAUACUUUGACGAUAAUGUUUUAUGAACAUUUUUGAAAAAAUGUGGGUUCAAAAUCGGGUAAUUAUUUUCGAAGUGUCACACAACUUGUCAAAAUGGGUCAAAAUGUUGACAGAAAAUCAAAAAUUCAUACCAAAACUUUUUUUGAACACUUUUGAAGAAUUUUAAGCCCAAGCCCUUGCCACAAUUUUGGAGAUUUUUAAAAAACUGCCUUUCGGUCAAUCAAAAUAUGUUCCAAUUUUACAAGAUAUUCGAGAAAAUGUUUUUUUGAGAAUUUUUAAAAAAUUUUGAGUCCAAAAUCAAUUUUUCAAAAAAUUUAAAUAUUUUGACUGAAAUGUUUUUUUGAGAAUAUUUGAAGAAUUUCGAGCUCAAAAUUUGAGUACAUAAUGAUUUUUGAAAAAAGUGUCUUCCUACAUAUCAAAUUGGGCUAGAAUUUUAAAAAAAACUAACAAAAAUUGAUUUAAAAUGCUUUGGAAUCAUAUUAAAAAUUAAUUAAAUAUUUUUGUAAGUAGUAUAAAGAAAAAUAAAUAAAUUAGAGACAAAUUUAAAAAAUGGUUUGUAAAAAAAAACAAAAAAAAAAAAAAUAGAAAACUGAGGACUAUAGGUACGAGCUUUUCAAAUUGGAAAUGAAUUGGAGUUUUUCUUAUAAAGCUUUUGACUUUUGAAAUUCUCGAGAGAUGUGAAUGUAUUUUAAUUAGAUUUUGAAUUUUUCUUCAUGCAUCACGAUAGGCUAAAAUUUCUUCGAAAGUACUCUAAAAAAUGUUUGAUAGUAAUUGUUGAUUUUUUUCCAAAAUUUUUCUCCAAUUUUGAUUGGUCGUUUGAAAAAUUCCCAAAAUUAUAACCCAAUUUCAGACUCAAAAUUUUUCAAAAAUGCUCAAAAAUCUUUUUCACCGAAAUAUUCGAAUUUCUCUCGAAAUUUUAACCCAUUUCGAUGAGUCACUAGGUUACUUUUGAAUAAUUUGUACAACAGUGGAUUUUUCCUCAUGAGGGAGGGGGAGGGGGGGAUUACUUGAAAAUUCGACUGCACCCUGAUGUUCUAGUCGUUUUUCAGAAAUUCUACAGUUCAUGUUCAUGUUGCAUAUCUAAUCUCAGGACACCUUGUAUACAAUGUAAAAGGUUUCAGCUCGUUACUCGUAGGUCACGUUGACGUCGUCGUCGGUGGAGUGCGUUAAUGACCCGCAAAAAAACACUUUAAUUUUUGAAAUUUUCCAGAUUUACCGCUCAAGGGAGGGAAUUUUUACGCUCGUGUAGUUUGAUCACUGUUGAAAGGUUGCUCGGAUGCGUUAAGACAAUCUCUAACUCUGGUAUUUCGUAUUCGCAGAGUCGCUUCGUAGAGUAUAAAAUAAAUGGAAUACGAGUAAACCACAUAAUAAAGAGCAACGCAGGUGUAUCCGUAGAAGUGGGGCGAAAUCUAAUGGAAAAGGUAAAUCGAGUAUUGGGUAAUUUGGUAUCGGUUUUGGAAGGACGACGAGGACGCCUCGUCGAAUAUACGUAGACAAUUACAUACGCUUUUGGAAAGUGUCGACAACAUCGUUGUCGAUAAUAAUCAAAUCGAGUAAGAAAAUUUUCUCAUACGUUGGUACGAAUAUCUCUCGUUGACUGGAAAUUCGCCUUGUUGGCUGUUUAAUCGAGUUGAGAAUUUUAUAAGAUAACAAAUAAAAUACCAUUUGUAAACACGUACGUAUAUGUACCCAACGUGUACAUGCGAACGCAGCAGCACCUGUACCUACUCGUAUGUACCAUCGAAUAAUAAAUAAUACAGUCGACGAGGAGGAGAUCGGUGUGGAAAACUCUCGUAUUUAUAAAGGGCAAAGGGUUGACGAAAAAAGGGUGCGGGGUUUAAAGCACAGGAAACUGAAAUGUUUUCAGGUUACGGUUGCAUUCGAUAGGAAAGGGGUACUAAAAAUGCGAUAUUUUCCGAAAUUUUUUUUUAAACUUAUUUUUUCGUCCUAGUCUUAUUAUUUUUCUUGUUUUUUUUUCUCUUCGAUUUAUCGUGUAUGGCUUAUUUAUUUUAAAGAAAUUUUUACAAUAUAAUGGAGAAAAUUUUAGUGAUUUUUUUUCUCGCGUAGUCUCGUAUAAUACCUUCUAAAAGAGAGGAAAAAAUACAAAAAAAAAAUUAGAAUUCGGGCAGUCGAUUGGUUGAAUUUGAAAUAAAAAAGAGACCAUGUUUUAAACGAAAUGUAGAAAAUUUUACGUAUUUAUUAAGGUAGUUGAAUUUUUUUUAUCACAUUUGAAAAUUUUCUUGUUUUUUCUUCUUUAAAAACUUUCUUUGUUAAUUUAUUGUAAUUUUGUUUUGUAAAUUUCUAUCAUCUUUACGUUGUGUACAUACCUAUACAUAUAUACAUAUUAUAAAUAUAUUUACUUUUAUCUUUUUACAGAAUCUUCAGUUUUUCAUUUUUGUAACUUGAUUUUGUUCUUUUUCUCUCUCUCUCUCUCUCUCUUACUGUCUUAUUUAUCGCGUAUUAUUUUCUAUUUUUUCUCUUCUUUUCUCCCUUCUUUUAUUCACUCGAAUUAGCUUCGACGAUUUUUUUUUGUUUAAUUUUGGUUUUACCCUCUCUCUCUCUCCCUUGUUCUCGAGGAAAAAAAUUUUAAAAAAGUGUUCUUAAGCUCGUUAGUGUUUACUUUUAUCGGCACUUGUAUUAUUAUUUUGUAAUACUAUUGUUACCACUUGUAAUACAUAUCUUUACUUAUAUUGGUUAUUACUUGGAUUUAUAACCGGUUUAUUAUUCGCUUCAGUUAAGAGUAGAAUGGUAGUGUCGGCGAUGCUCGAUGGCAUCCGUAUUCUUUAGCGAAUAAUUCCCAUUUUAGUAACCAAUUUUUCGUUUUCAGUUUUGAGGUUCCCAGUAUAUAACGAAAUGGGUGGAGAGCAUAAAGGGGCAUGAAUAUCGUUGUGAUGUAAAAAAAAUAGUUGUUUUUAAACGGUUUAGUUGAAUUUUGAAACCGGUUUGUGGAAAUGAAUGAACCGGUUCGGAGACUGGUUUUGCAAACGUUACCGAAUGAUUCGAAUCAUUAUUGGUCUGGAAUAAUUGGAAUAUAUUUUUAGAAAUUGUUGAAGGGAGUGAAUUCAAAUAGUGAGUUCAGUCAAUGGGUUUGAACUGGUUUUCAGAUUUGACUAAUUUUAUUUGUCACAACUAAUAAAUUUCCAAUAUACUAAGAACUGGUUACCUCUUUUGGAAAAUUGACUUUAGGGUUAUUUUAAGCUUCCCAUUGGGUGGUUUUCAUUUUGAACCGGUUUUUAAGCUCUCUUGAUACUGGUAGUGACUGGUUUCCAAUACACAAUGGAAUGAUUAUUCAAUUUAAAAAAUUAAAAAAUAAACUUUUUUGAUCAAUGGAAGUUUUCCUAAAACCGGUUUCUUGAAUUGACGGGUUUUCUUGGUUCGUCAAACACUAGUGGUACUUAACUGGGUUUCAACUUUCAACUCAUUAAAAACGGUUUAAGAUUAUCAGGUUUGCAAAAUUGAAAAUGAAAUUUUGAGACCAUUUUAGGCUUUUUUCAAACUGGUUUACCAGUUUAAACCGGUUUUCUGGCUCACCAAAUACUGGCAGUAACUAGUUUGAAAUGCACUAAGAACUGAUUAUCAGGUUUACAAAAUUGGAAAAUCAACUUCUUGAUAAUUUUAGGCUUUCAUCAAACCAGGUUGUAUAGUUUGAACCGGUUUUUAGGCUCACUAAAUAUAGCAACUGGUUUUCAAUGCGCUAAAAACCUAUGACUUUGUUAACAAAAUUCAAAAAUAAACUUCUGUAUAAUUUUAGGCUUUUCUCAAACUGGUUUACAGUUUGAACCUGUUUCCAGUUUGAACCAGUUUCCACUUUUAACUGGGUUCUUAUGCGCUGAAAACUAAUUUUUUUUAUCGUUCAUGUAUGUAGUAGGAAAUCAUCUUUGAGUAAAUGAAGUUCUAAGGCUCAAUCUUCAUUAGCUACAACCGGUUCAUAUAAUUUAAAUAAUCAAUCGUUAUUUAUAUUUUCAGAGCAUAUAUGAAAUGAAAUUUCACCCGCGGUAAGUUUAUUCUACAUAAAUAACUGUCCUCUUAAAUUGAAUAACAAUUUUUCUUUUUUUUGUGUGGUUUCCUUUGGAUGGCGAAACCGGUUUGAAUUGUGAGCAAAUCACUUUUGAGUCGGUUGAAGUGAUGGUCAUUCCUUUAUGACCAUUUAGUUCUGUUAUUUGAUUGGUUGUGAUUGUUUCCAAAGAUCAAAUUUGUGGUGAUGAAAACCGGUUCAGAUAAGAGUUUUUGAUCAAUGAAACCAGUUAUUAGACAUUUCUGUGACAAACCCGGAUUCUAUUGACUACUUCAAAUCUGUAUUGAUUUUAAUAACCAGUCAUGUUUUUGGUUAUUUCAUGUUUUAAUUCCAUUUUGGAUUCAUUUUGACCCCUAUGUGUAAAUUCAUUCCAUAAUUAAAUCAAUUAGAACCGGUUUCAUUCGUUAUGAAACUGAUUCUAUCUGUUUGUUGAAAUUGAUUACUUACACUGAAAAUAUCAAAUUUCAAAAACAAAAUUGCUGUUGAUUUUUUAGAAAAUGAAAUUCUCGGGAAACUGGUUAUAAUGAAGUUUUUCAGGGAUUGGAGCCGGUUUCAAAUUAAAUGCUUCCCAAUUAGGGCUUCCAAACCAACUUAUAGAACUGGUAUGAAUACUCUCUAGUUGAAAUUAACCUCAAACAUUGUUUACAAGAUUGAAAACGAAUCAAAACCAGUUGAAACCGGUUUGGUUCACGAAUCAAAACUAGUUCCAUUUUCUCUAUUUCACGGUUCAAUUCAAUUUUUGAUGCAUUCUUAACCCUAUGUCCAAAUUUUUUCCGUGAUGAAAUCAACCAGAACCGGUUUACUGGUUCUGCAAGUAUAAUGAAACCUAUUGUAACACGUGUUGAUGUAUCAAAUUUUGAGGACCAGUUGCUGAUGAAUAGUUGAAAAUGAAUCAUUACGGUAAACCUGCUUUGAAAAGUUUUUUCAAUAAAUGAAACCGGUUUCAAGAAAAUCUGCUCCUCAACUAGUGAUUCCAAAUGAGCUCAAACCACUGUUUUGAACCUACUGCAGUUGAAAAAACUAUAGAACUUUUUAUUUAUGCAUUUAGAAUUAUUACCAAAACCGGUUGAAACCAGUUGUUCAAGAGUCAAAACCGGUUCAAAUUUCAUUAUUUCAAGGUUAAGUCCGUUUUGAAAUUUGUUUUCGAAUCAUAUGUUACUAAUUGAACAUUAAUCUCAAUAUAAAAUCAGUUGGAACCAGUUUCACGUAAUUAUGAAACCAAUUAUGUUAAAAAUGUCGGAUUUUGAGAAUACGUGACGUCGUGACUGUUGACUAGAAGAAAAAAUAAUCUACUCGGCGUUUUUUUGAUAGGUACUGAUUUCUUCAAGUAAGCCUACCAAUUUCACUGUGAUCCAUUAACGUGACUCGAUUAAAAACGCACAGCUCUUUCGUAGACCCCCUCCCUUUUUUUUGGAGAAAAAAUCAAAUUUUCAUCAAAUUAUGGCUGUGAGGUAGAACGUAAAACGAUGAACGCCAUACAUAGCGAUGUAAUUUUAUACACAUUGUAUGUAUAGAAAGCGCAUAGAAACCAGGCGUUUCUAGAUUCGUUUUUCGCGACUAGUCAAAAAAAAUCAAGAAGAAAAAGUAUUUAGGUAAAAAAAAAAAAAAGGGGAACCUCAUUAAUUCUUGUUACCUUAACCUGCUCCCGACUUGAAUAA